AUAUUGUAUAAUUAAUCGGACAGUGACAGUAUCGAUAGAAUUGAUCGAAUUGAAAAGGAAUUUUUCCAAGUAAAACCGAUUAUAGAAAAAAGUAUCCGGUGUCCUUGCCCGUGAAAAAAGUCAACUCGGUUGAUUACUCUCAAGAUGGUGAACAAGUUGUGGUACUCUCGCUACGUAAAAUGAGGUCAUUUCAAAGUCGUUGAUCUUCAUACGAGACUCGUUUGUCCUGGAAAGACGAAAUACGAUCGAAAGGAGCUCCGUAGGAGGAGCAAAAGAAAGAAACGAAGGAAGUGAGAUUACAAGGGUAGAAUAAUCUGAAAGAUCAGAUCAUUCUUCAAAGUUCACGAAAUCUUACUCGAAUGUACAAUUUCAAACGAUUUAUCGUGAUCAUGAUCAACUGUACAUAGUAUCCCACUACUACUUAGCUAGCCGGAAAUCGAAGUUGUCUCAGCUUUUACAUUUUGGCCUUAUUUGACGUGUUAACCUCACUCCACGAACGUCUUCCACCUCUCCUAAGGGGUUUCGACCACCACUUCUCUUCCCCUUCUUCUUUCACGGUUACCUUUCGUGGACCCACAACCAAGGUUAUAAAGUACACCGAUCACUUCAACGCGAAGCGCUGCCACAUUGCCGAUCGACGUCGUCUUCAAUAUCACUGUCCUCAUCAUCGGCACAGCCCUGCUAUUCGAAAACGACAAUUCCUCGGCAGAAUUUUGGCAAAGUCAGCGGUCUUCUUACUUCGUACUUCUUCUUCUUCUUCUUCUUCUUCUCCUUCUUCUUCUUCUUCUUUUUCUUUUUCUUCUUCUUCUUGUACUACUAUUACUUAUACUUUUUCUUCUUUCUGGUUUUCUUCUUAUUCUUCAAACAUUAUUUUUUUUUUCUUCUUCUUCAACUAUUUCUUCAUUGAGAAGAGUGAUUUCAACGUUCAGUUUCAUGCGAGGCUCUUAAUAUUGUGUUACCGUCUCAAGAGAGUAUACAAAUUGACAUACAUAUAUAUAUAUAUAUAUAUAUACAUAUAUAUAUACAUACAUACAUACAUACAUAUAUAUAUAUAUAUAUAUAUAUAUAUAUAUAUGACUAUAUACUCUAUAGUAUUAAAAGUAAGAUCUCUUGAGAUUUCAAUUUGGUGGCUAGAAAGUCAGCAAGUAUCGUGCUUGAAGAUCGCCUUCAUUUUAUCGGGGAAAAUUGAUUCUGCAAGUCGAGACAAUGGCGAGCUUUAUUAAUUCAACGACGAUAUUUAUGAACGACAUCUACGAUUAUUAUCUCUGGACUCUCUCUUUGGCAGACGAAAGAACGAGAGGAUGGCUACUAGUCGAUUCACCAAAACCAACUUUAAUAUAUACGAUGCUGUACCUCAUGAUCGUUUGGGCUGGACCAAAAAUUAUGAAAAAACGAAAAGCUUUUAAGCUUACAUGGGCUCUUGUACCGUACAAUCUUACCAUGGCUUGUCUCAAUGCUUAUAUUGCCAUUCAACUUUUCGUUGCUUCUACAAGGUUACGAUAUAGCUAUGUUUGUCAACCAAUUAGACACAUAACUCGUCCUGAUGAGAUGCAAAUCGCACACGCAGUAUGGUGGUAUUAUUUUAGUAAGCUCUUAGAAUUUUGUGAUACAUUCUUCUUUAUUUUACGUAAGAAGGACAAUCAGUUAAGCUUCCUGCACGUCUACCAUCAUUCGACGAUGUUCUCCCUUUGGUGGAUUGGUAUUAAAUGGGUUCCAAGUGGAUCUACUUUCUUACCAGCUAUGGUAAACAGUUUCAUCCAUGUAUUGAUGUAUUCGUAUUAUGGGUUAGCCGCUUUGGGUCCCUCAGUUUCAAAAUAUCUUUGGUGGAAGAAAUACUUGACGAUUCUCCAGUUAAUCCAAUUUACAAUGGCUCUGAUUCUCGGCAUCAAUGGUAUUCGAUCAGGCUGCGAUUUCCCUCUUUGGAUGCAAUAUGCACUUGUCCUUUAUAUGAUCUCGUUCAUUGUUCUAUUUGGAAACUUUUAUGCUAAAGCCUAUAUCGCCAAGGGUAAACAAGCGUACGCGGAGAGACAAUUGGAGAGGCUGAAGACAAAGAAAUCGAAGAUCAUUGAAAACGAGAAGAAAUCCGAAGAAGUAAUCAGUAACGGGAUACUUACAAAUGGCCACGUCAAUGGAUACGUAAACGGCGUUACGAAACGGAAGGCUUAGUCAGAGUGAUCUUCAAGGAACUUCGAAGAAUUUUUUUUUUUUUUUUGAAAAAAGGAAUCACUCGAACUUUAUCGUAGAAUUUAAUUGAGGAAGAGACAUCUUGAGAGCCAAAGAGAGCCCAUUUAGAACGAAUUAAAGGAAAAGAAAAAAUAUAUAUAAAUUAAAAUAAGGAAAAUGGAAAAAAAAAAGAAAAGAAAAAAAAAGGAUAGAGAAGACGAUUCUUCAUAUUCUUAAUUUUUUUUUUUUUUUUUUUUAUUCAUCCUCAUCAUCGUCAUCAUCGUCAUCAUCAUUGUCAUCGUCAUCGUAAUCGUCAUUGUAAUCGUCAUCAUAAUCAUCAUUAAGAUCAUUGUGUCGUUCAAAAAAAGCAUCGAUCUCGGCUACUCUUCUUCCUCUUCAAUUUUUCGAUCGAUCGAUCCUCUCUCGUGUUCUUCAAGUUACCGGCCUGCGGCUUUUUUUCUCCGCGAUCGCCAAAAUCAUACUUCUAAUCGUCGAUCCGAAGGAAUUGUACAUAUUAUUAAUAUAUUACAUAUAUAAAUAAAUGAAUAAAUAUAUAUAUACAUAUAUAUAUAUAUAUAUAUAUAUAUAUAUAUAUAUAUAUAUAUAUAUAUAUAUAUAUAUAUAUAUAUAAAACACACUUACCAGAAAUGUUGCGAUAGGGGAAAGGAGAAGGGGAAUUGUUUAAAAUACAUAUUAUAAUUAGCGACGAUCGAAGAAUUUGCGUCGUCGGAAUUCAGUGCAGUGAAAAAAAAAAAAAAUGAUAAUAAUGAUACAGAGAAAAGAGAGAAAAAAAACGAGAUGCAAGUUCGAAAGCGACGCUCUCGUUUUAAGACUUCCGCAAUUUCGGUCAAGCGCGUAUGUAUGUAGGUACAACGUACCGGCAGGAAUGAGCCCGCCGAAAGUGUGUCACGAUAAAAUGUCUUCGAUCAUAUAUUUUUUCUUCUUUUGCUCUCUUUUCUCUCUCUCUCUCUCUCUCUCUCUCUCUCUCUCCUUCUCUUUCUUUUUUUGAUUCGAAGAAUAAUUUCCAUAAAGAUAAGAUAUUGCACAUAAAUCAAUUAAUCACGCGUACAAAGCGAGAUAUCUAGAAAGAGAGAAAUAGAAAGAAGGGGAAAAAAAAAGGUGGAAGAAAAAAGAAAGGAUCAAGACAAAUCUGUUUUUAUAUUUCUCUUUUUGAAUUACUAUAAUUAUUACUAUCCGAUAAUGUCGUCGACUUUUCAGUAGUAAUUUUAUACGAACGUUUUUCUAUGAAUAUCUUAUCGUAAAUAAUUUUAUCGUAUCUUUAUUAUUAAUAAAAAGAAAGAAAAAAAAAACAAAAAAACAAAAAAGAAGAAAUAAAUAGAUUUCUUUCGGCGUGCGCUGAUUACAAAAAUAAAAAAAAUAAAAAAUGAAAAAGAGUCAAUAAACGAAUAAAUAAAUAAAUGAACAAACAAAUAAAAGAGUCGCUCCAAAACGCGAAAUCGUUCGAUCGAUUUGUCAUCAUAGAAUUUCUUCGAUACUUUUUUCUUUAUUCAUCUUCUUUUUUUUUUUUUUUGUUCUUUCUUUGAUCCUAUUCAUUAACAGGAGGGCUCUAAAUUGUAUUCGGCACUUGCCUCUGCGUGUAGAUCGCGGAUGGAUAAGUCGUGCCAAGAAAUCGUAUUUAACAAAUAAAUGUGUACAAUAUUAAAAUAAAUGCAUACAAUACGUACAUACAUACAUACAUACAUACAUACAUAUGUGUAUACAUACAUAAAUACGACAGUAUGAUUCGUGGGUAAAUCGGUAUCCGUUUAAUUCUUUAUCUAUUAUCAUCAUGAGAAAUGUUUAGAUAAUAUCCUAUUGUUAAUUAUGUGUUUGUCAUUAUGUAACAACUGUUAUAUAAAGGUCAUUGCUGCGCAAUGUCGAAAAGAGGUGAAUGCGUCCUCUUCCUCUUCAUUUCUCAUAAACUUCUCUAAUUCAUUUUUAGACACGAUCGCAAGGAAUUCCUUACAUUCUCGAUAUAGCGAUGAUAACUGUAACAAUUGAUUUCAAAAUUAUUAUUCUAAAAUUACGUGAGAUAUUUAUAAAGUUUUUUUCGAUCUUUACGUUUCGUAUCGAAAAUCAAAAUGCGUAUGAGUUUAUUCAUUCUACUGUAUAAAUGAUUAGACGGAUUAACAAAAUUUAUAAAAAAGAAAAAAAAAAAAGUAAGAUCGCUUGCAACGAAGCUUCAAAAGUAAUUUUUAUUUCAAUUCGAUUUUCAGUUUAAAUAUGAAUCUAAAUAUGGUAUUAUCGAAAAUGUAAAAUUCAUACAGACUCGGUUAUGGUAGAAAAAUUGUUUCUUAAGUAUGUUUUGAAAUUUUUUUAUAAGGGCAAUGAAAAAUGACGAAUGAAUGAUAAUAUUUUUUUGAAUACGUCCGUUUAUAAGUUGCCUAUCAGAAUUUAUACGUAAUUUAUUACGUUCGCAGGGAUAUAUCAAUUUUAUAAUCUAAAUGAUUGUAAACAAAUUGAUAACAUUUAUACCAAAAGUCAAAUUAGACGACAAGAUACAUGAAUAAUUUCGAUUCAAUUUAAUUUUCAUUUUUAAAAGUUAAAUAAUGUAUACAAAAUCGCAUAUGCAACAGGAUUAAAUUAAAAUAAAUAAAAAAUGUAGGAAAUAUGUAAAAUGGUGUUAGCCAUUAAUACGAACUAUAUCGGUCGUGUUUAUUAUAUAUCAUACGAGUAAAAAAUCCUAGUUCUUUUUAUCUUACUUAUUUAUCAUAUCGACGCAUUGAGUACGGCAUACGUUUUAAUGGUUCUACGAGUGAACAAAAUUCAUUAGUAAAUAAAUUAAAUAUUGAUUUCUUUUUUAUUAUAAAAUUUUCAUAGAUAUCAUUUGUGCACAUAUUUUUUUUGUAAUUCGGCGUGAAUAAAUUAAUAUCAAUUUUUAUUAAGCA